AUGCUUCGUAGCUAUUCAAUCAGUGAUGACCCACAAAAGGGUCUUGUAUUUUUCAACUAUAUGAGGGAACAAAAUGUUGUUCUUGAUCAGUUUGCUUUUGUUUCUGUGCUCCGAUCUUGUAUGCGUUUAUUGGAGAAAUGGACUGGUCUAGCUGUUCAUUCAGUUGUUUUGAGAUCUGGGUUUGAUUUGUUUCUUGAUUUGAAGAAUACCCUUUUGAAUUUUUAUUGUGUUUGUGGGGGAAUCCGUUGUGCACACCAACUGUUUGAUGAAUUUUCGACGAGGGAUUUGGUUUCCUGGAACACCUUGAUGGGUGGCUAUCUUUGUGUACGUGAUUAUUCUGCUGUUUUGGAUAUGUUUGUAGAGUUGCGUAGGGAUGGUAUUUCUGCUAGUGUCACGACGAUGUUGUGUGUUUUGUCUGCGAUUGGUGAGUUAAGGAUUGCUUUGGUAGGGGAAUCCCUGCAUGGUUAUUGCAUAAAGAUUGGAUUUUGCGAUAGUUUGAAGGUGCUAACUGCUUUGAUAUCUAUGUAUGGGAAGAUAGGCUGCAUUAGUUCAGGCCGUAGUCUAUUUGAUGAAGCUUAUCCGAAAGAUGUUGUCUUGUGGAACUGUUUGAUAGAUGGAUAUGCUAAAAACGGGUUGCUAGAAGAGGCAUCGUUUCUAUUGAGGGAAAUGAAGGUUCAAACAUUGAAGCCGAAUUCGUCAACCUUGGCAAGUUUGCUUUCCUCUUGUGCUUGCUCCGGAGCUCUUAAUAUGGGUGAAUAUAUUCAGAACUUUGUGGAAGACCAGCAGUUAGUUUUGGAUCCAGUUCAUGGAACGGCAUUGAUCGAUAUGUAUGCUAAGUGUGGGUUGCUUGUGAAGGCAGUUAAUGUUUUUGACAGUAUGGAGACUAAAGACGUGAAGUGUUGGACUGCAAUGAUAAUGGGUUAUGGGGUACAUGGGGAGGCAAAGGAUGCUAUUGCACUCUUCCACAGAAUGGAGGAUGAAGGUUUUAGGCCUAAUGAAGUGACUUUUUUGGCAGUAUUUAGUGCUUGUAGUCAUGGGGGACUGGUGGCAGAGGGCAUCAGCUGUUUUAGGAAAAUGAUCCUAGAAUAUGGCUUGACUCCUAAAAUUGAGCAUUAUGGAUGUUUGACUGAUAUCUUAGGUCGUGCUGGAUUGCUUGAAACAGCACGAGAACUAAUAAAAGGUUUGCCCAUUGAGGGGGAUGCUACUGCAUGGCGUGCCCUACUAGCAGCAUGCAGAGUCCAUGGUAGUGUUGAGUUGGGAAAACAAGUGACGAAAGAACUAGGACAGAGAUUUGGCGAACACCCUGCUGAUGCACUACUUCUGAAUGGUACUUAUGCGAUCGCUGGGAUAUUGCCCGAGGAGAGAGACAUGUUAGAGGUGAAGGCAAAAGAGGUGGGAUCUUCUCUCAGUGGGAAGAAGGAAGCUGGAUGCAGCUCAAUUGAAUUAUGUGAUCAUAGCCAGAUUUUUCUUAGCCAAUCAGUACGCUAG